AUGGCGACGAAUGUGACGGUGGAGAUCGAGGCGGAGGAAAUGGAUGAGGGUCUAAGUUUGAUGGAGGAUUUGAAGUCGGGAGGUUUGAAUAUCAGUAGGCACACGAAAAUGCCAGGAAGGGUCAAAAUAGUUGGUUUCAUCAAGAAAAGGUUUGAGAGCAUGCUAAUAGAAGGUCUCAACCACAGGCCAUUAAAAGAGCUGGCAGAUGAGGCAAUCAAGUUGAGGUUUAAUUGUGUACGACUCACGUAUGCAACUCAAAUGUUCACUCGUUAUGCAAAUAGGACAGUUGAAGAGAAUUUUGACCUUCUCGAUUUAGAGCAAGCAAAAGCCGGAUUGGCUCAAUAUAAUUCUUUUGUGUUGAACAAGACUAUUGCUGAAGCCUAUGAAGCUGUUGUUGAUGUGCUUGGAGAGAGUGGUUUAAUGGUGAUUGCCGACAACCAUAUGAGUCAGCCAAGAUGGUGUUGCUCCCUUGACGAUGGCAAUGGAUUUUUUGGAGACCGCUAUUUUGACCCUCAAGAAUGGCUACAAGGUCUUAGCUUAGUUGUUCAACGCUUUUCCAAGAAACCAACGGUACGUAAAAAUUAA